AUGCUUUUUCGUGUCCAAAAUUUAACCGACAAUCCGACCAUGCGGUCCGAUCCGCAUGAUCCUCUAGCCUCGUUCCGUACUUGGGCAGCAGCGUCAAGCCGCUCUUUUCCGCGCUGGCUGCUGAAGACGCGGUGCGCGAUCGAGCGCCUGUCGUCGAUGCAUGUCUUGCUGACGCAUGGUGUGCAUGUGGAAAAUUUUCCGCAAAUCUCUGCAUUCCACGACAGAGUAAACAUUCAGAAUGCCGGCUGUCGCUUUCCGACAGGCUCUCCGAGCAUCAGCGGCGACCAACAUAUCCAGUCGGGGCCAGAUGGAAAGGCUCGACUGCAGUGGUACAUGUAA